AUGAAUUACCCGCCAUCUGACAAUCCGAAAGAAAGACAGCAUGCGCUUAAUUUUGCAUACAUGUACGGAUAUCCUCUCCUGGAGUAUGGCAAAUUUGUAGCACAAUUUCCCAAUGCCUGCACCAACACUCUUUACCAUGACCGACGACUUUCAACUUCAAAUGACCUCAAAAUCAUUCGACCAAACUCUGACACGCUGUAUUCCACUAUCUUCAUGGAUCUGUCUUCGAAUGAUCUGCAAAUUAUUAUUCCCGAACUUCCAGACCGUUACUGGGUUUAUCCCUUCUACGAUUUAUAUGGGAAUGACAUAGGCAACAUCAGUAGUCUUCAGGGUCAUCGGGCAGGAAAGUACCUUAUCCGACAUGCCAGUGAAAACUUUGGUUUAUUUCUCGGUCCUCCGCCAGAAUGCGAGAACGAUGCCGAUAUUUCGGGCUAUGUCAACUUGCCUACCCCCUACGGCAUAUGCUUUGCGCGAUUCGCCACGACACAAGCCAUCCAGGACCAAGAGGCUGUUUCUCCCUUAAACCCUUCUCCUGUCUUGGAGGACAGACAGUGUAUUUCUGACACCCUCACGCGAAGCGGGAUGAAAGAUGGUGUUUUCACUUGUCCCGAAAGAGUUGAUAUAUCACAAGCCCCCCAGUUUGCCGAAAUCCAAGCCAGAGAUGGCUUGCAAGCUCCUGGUGGCAGGAUGGACUUUGGUAAUGGGUGGGACUCUGCAUUUCCAGAAUGUAUGGGAAAUUUUGGAUCGAACUAUGCUGCAAGAUAUUACAUAGCCAAGUUCGGCUACCUGGGUGUCACGAGCGAUCAGGCAAUCUACCCAUCUCGGCCUCAAGCUCUCAGGUUUGAGCACGACGAAGCUGUCUUGGUACGCUUCUCUCGCCGGCCUGUUCUGCUCAUGACUGGAUUCUGGAGUCUGACCGCCUAUGAUGCAGACCAGUAUCUCGUCAAGAAUAACUUAAAUAGGUAUGUUCUUGGAGAUCGAGAUGAUAUGACCUUUCCUGAUGGGGCACGACUCGAUGAUGAAAACAAGGAUGGCGAGUUCUUUAUCCUGUUGCAGCCUGCGGACGUUCCACCACCAGCUCAGUGGAAAAAUCACUGGCUACCCUCACCAGCAGGUGGUGGAAAGAUGUCAAUAACAUUGAGACUCUACGGUAUCAAGCAGGAGAUGAUAUCCAAAUCCUACGAGUACCCGAGACUCGAGUAUAUCAAAGCAAUCACUGAUUCCGCCAAGUCAUUGCUAUAA